AUGACCUCCGGGUUCGGCUUCGGCUUCGGGUCAGGAUUCAGUCAACCGGGUUCGAGCUUUGGGUUCGGGGCAAGCUCGUCGACAGCGUUCGGCGCCCAGCAGACCUCGCCUUUUGGGACAGCAAGCUCCAACCUGUUCGGGACGCCGCAGGUGGGUUGCCAUCAGUGGCAGAAAAUUCUUCACCGGAAGAUGCCAGCAGUGUCGUGUUAUGUUAUGGGAGUCGCGUUGAUGGAGUCCCCACGGGGGCCAUUGUGCAUUUGUCUUGGGAGUUUUUGUUUAGUGUCUAACACCUUUUCCGAAUACAAGAGCGGAAGCAUGUCAAGCGUUGUUUCUCAACCUUUGGAUUAA